UGUGUCUAAAACUAGUAUGACCUAAGCGCCAAUUAACGUUGACUUUGUUUAUAAAAAAUGACAAGUCCCACUGCCAAUGCUCAGUUAUUCCGCAGUUUAUUGAAAGAACUACGCUUUAUUCAUUCAAAGAGGAACAUAACAGAAUGUCCAACAUACCAGUUUAUGUUAGAACAGUUUAAAAAUCACAAAGUAACAAGUGAAAAGUACUGUCAGGGUAAACAUGAUGUAGUGCAUGUAGCGGAUACUUAUUUAUGUUUACUUGAGAGUACUAGAAAGCAUCAGGAAUUAACAGAACUGUAUGGAGGAAAAGGAGAAAGAAGUAUUGAAGCUAGUGCUAACAUUGUGGGACUUAAAUUACCUAAAACAUAUGAUCCUAACAAUUCAUAGCUUUAUGAUAUGUUCCUCAUCUUAAGCAGAGACUGAAUAUAGCUAUUUAUAAUGCUCUGUCUUAUCUUGCAGUGCUUAAUUACAAAACAUAUGCAGUUUGUUUCACAUCUGUUUACUCUGGAUACCCUGAUUUAACCUAGGAUUAGUACAGAAAUAUUUUAGGGAAAAUUUCCUAAUCAAUAUAAAAAAUGAUGAUUUGUUAUGAAUUUAUGAUAAAAUGUUGAUAUUAUA